AUGAAUGAGCUCCGUCAUGUGCACGUUGAGGCCUGCCUGAAGCCAGAGACUGCCGCCGAUUACGAGCAAGUGAGAGCAGCUAUCGCGGAAUACCUGGGCACCACGUGCACAUUCUUUACGAGAGGUCUUGUGGAAUUAUCAGGAGACCCGUUGCUUGCUGCCCACGUGGAGUGCAUCCGAGUCACUGAGUUAGAUGGCGAAGAAAGUGGCGAUCCCGAGAGCGACGGCGUUUCGCGCUUGAACGCCCAUUUGUUUGUGCACGUGUUCAAGCUCGGCAAUGAGAGCCCUGCAGAAGAGACUGCAGACGGCGACGAGAGCGUGACAACGUGCCAGCACACGAGUCUGCCCGCUGCGAGUUUUCAAGGGCUGUGGGAUUCGCUCAUUUUUGACUCGUCGGUGAAGCAGAAUGUGCUGGACUAUGCCAUGACUGCGAUGCUGUUUUCCGACCGUCGAGUGAAUCCACACAUCAUCUCGUGGAAUCGAGUGGUACUGUUGCAUGGACCGCCUGGCACUGGAAAGACGAGUUUGUGCAAAGCGCUGGCUCAGAAACUCAGUAUCCGUCUGUCGUCGAGAUUCCCCAACGCGAUCCUCGUGGAGAUCAACGCGCAUAGUUUGUUCAGCAAGUGGUUUUCUGAGAGCGGGAAGGUGGUCAUGAAGCUUUUCCAACAAAUCCAGGAAUUCGCAGAGGACGAGAAAUUGCUUGUUUGCGUGCUGAUAGAUGAGGUGGAGUCGCUUGCAGCUGCCCGAAAGUCUGCAGUGAGCGGAUCGGAGCCGUCAGACGCUAUUCGAGUGGUCAACGCAUUGCUGACGCAGCUGGAUUCGCUGAAGCGCUACCCGAACGUGCUUAUUCUCACGACGUCAAACAUCACUGAAGCUAUCGAUGCUGCAUUCGUCGAUAGAGCAGACAUCAAACAAUACAUCGGACUUCCGUCGUGUCAAGCGCGCUAUGAGAUCUUGCGAAGCUGUGUUGAAGAGCUCCAACGUGUGGGAAUCCUGCAGCCUAGCACACAGCCUCUAGCGAUGCAUCAAGAGCAAACGAGGAGACGAGCAACACGGAAGCGGGAAGUAGACCACAUUACGGGCCCAUCAGGUGCGGAAAAUGGCAGCGAAGACGUAUCGGCGAAGUUGUGGCAAGCGGCGGAAAUGGCUGAUGGGUUUAGCGGCCGAGCGUUGCGCAAACUUCCAUUCCAGGCACACGCUUUCUUCGUGCAGACUCGAACGCCAGGAGUUGGUGAGUUCAUCCGUUGCUUAGUGCAGGCGAUUGACCGCGAAAGCAAGCAGACGCAGCAGCUCUUAUUGAAAUAG